CUACUAGACGAGGGGUCAGAGAUUGUGGUCAUCCGACAGGACAUUUGGAAGAAAACGGACACGCCCAUCAAUCAGAAGGUGCGCAUGCAUAUGCAAACCACAAAUGGAGGAUGUCAGGAGAUGGCCGGAUGCUUAGAGAUGCUGGAGAUAGAUGUCGAAGGUAUCAAAACUUGGGUACAUGCUUACGUCGUACCAGACGCACCCUACAGGUUACUUUUAGGACGACCCUGGCAGAAACUCGUCCGCCUUUCCAAAUCUGAAGAUAACGACAACGUCUACAUCACCAUCACCGAUCCG